GCCGAUUGAGUACAACUCAGCGUGUGCCUAAGUAUUUCUCGUGAUCAAAACUCUACAUUUGCUUACCAGAUGUGAUCAACAUUGAACGCUUGUGUGCCAUAUCUAGUGUGUGGUUGUGCUCUGCUCUGUUGUGCAAGUGAUUGCUGUGAAUAUUGGUUUAGAGGCUGCUGAGUUGCAGGUGGCUAUCUUUUGAUUGUGAUAUCGAUUUGGAAAACUAUCAUCGUUAGCUGAUACUUUUACACAUCUGGUGCUCUACCGAUCUUCUUCAAUAUAUUGAUUAGCUAAAAAGUGGCGUGUAUCACCAUCGCUUUCUAAAUCUACUUGUGCUAACUGUGUUGUGCGUGUGUGUUUGUGUCCGUGCGUUCAUAAUUCAAUAGAGUCCUUAUUACUUAUCGAAGAAAUCGAACAUAUCGGUAAAAAAAAAGUUGAGAGAAGAGAAAAUGUUCAUCGACUCAUAUUUGGUGGGCUUGGUGAGUAAAGAGUUCCACGAUCCCUUAAAUGUGCGGCAGACACUAUUCGUAUUUUUGUGUGCGCUUUCGUGUGUGCUAUUUCUGCAGUAUUUAAUACGAUUGGUGUCUCAAAUUAAUAAACUACCACCUGGACCAUGGGGUGUGCCAAUAUUUGGUUAUCUAACAUUUAUCGGACACGAAAAGCACACGCAGUAUAUGAAGUUGGCGAAGAAGUAUGGAUCAUUGUUCAGUGCCAAACUCGGGGCACAGUUGACCGUGGUGAUCAGUGAUUACAAAAUCAUUCGUGAAGCUUUCAAAACGGAGGAGUUCACCGGCCGGCCACAUUCUCCGUUGCUGAAAACAAUAGGAGGUUUUGGAAUUAUCAACAGCGAGGGACCGUUAUGGAAGGAUCAACGCAGAUUCUUACACGAGAAGCUUCGUAAUUUUGGUAUGACUGUCCUUGGUAAUAAGAAACAUCUGAUGGAGAGCAGGAUUAUGACUGAAGUAACCGAGUUGUUACUCACUUUAAGUGCUGUCAGCAAUGAAUCUACUGAUCUCAGUCGCUACUUGUCAGUGUCGGUUAGUAACGUGAUCUGCAAUAUUAUUAUGUCGGUGCGGUUCUCGAUCGACGACCCCAAAUUUAAACGUUUCAAUUGGCUCAUAGAAGAGGGGAUGCGCCUCUUUGGUGAGAUACACACAAUCGACUAUAUUCCACAAAUUCAGUAUUUGCCGGGAAACAUCAAUGCAAAAAAUAAAAUAGCUAAAAAUCGAGAGGAAAUGUUUGAUUUUUAUCGCGAAAUCAUAGAGGAACAUAAGCGUACAUUUCAAACCGGCAGUAUCCGUGAUAUCGUCGAUGCAUACCUUGCAGAAAUAGAGACGGCUCGUUUGGAGGGCCGAGAUGCGGAGUUGUUCGAGGGCAAAGAUCAUGAGAUUCAAAUGAUGCAGGUAAUAGCGGAUCUUUUUUCCGCCGGAAUGGAAACAAUUAAGACCACACUACUGUGGCUGAAUGUGUUCAUGCUUCGACACCCGGAUGCCAUGAAGCGAGUGCAAGACGAACUGGAUCAAGUGGUUGGACGCAACAGACUACCAAAGAUCGAGGAUGUUCCCUAUUUGCCAAUUACAGAGACCACAAUUCUAGAAGUUAUGAGAAUUUCGUCGAUUGUGCCACUUGCGACCACUCAUUCUCCCAAAAGUGAUGUAGUAAUUAAUGGAUAUACAAUACCGGCGGGAUCGUAUGUAGUACCAUUAAUAAACAGUGUGCACAUGGAUCCUAAUCUGUGGGACAAGCCAGAUGAAUUCAAUCCAAGCCGAUUCCUGGACGCCGAAGGAAAUGUUCAUAAGCCGGACUUCUUCAUACCAUUCGGUGUUGGCCGACGGCGUUGUCUCGGCGAUGUGUUAGCGCGAAUGGAAUUGUUCUUGUUCUUUGCUUCUAUCAUGCAUUCAUAUACAAUCGUUCUACCUGAAAAUGAGCCGCUCCCUAGUCUGAAGGGCAUCAUUGGUGUUACUAUUAGUCCCCAGGCAUUUCGUGUCAAAUUAAUACCGCGGCCCCUGCAAACACCGCUCGAAAAAAAUCGAUGCACAAGUAAUAUAUACUAUUGACAAACUCCAGUUCACGAAAUC